UCAUUUAGUAUUUCGCAACACCAUGCCUUAUCUUUGGAGAUUUGAUACGAUCAGUCAGCCGGCGAACUAGGGUUCAAAAACGUAGAAUUGAUAUAGAAACGUGAGAAAUGAGGAUCGUGAUACUUAUAAGCCUUAUGGCAGCUGCGCAUGCCCAGCAAACAGCUGUGCAGUGCGGUGUACCAGUUGUUCAGCCUAAAACGAGCCGCAUAGUGGGUGGAACUGUAGCUGUUCCUGGUUCCUGGCCUUGGAUGACACUGAUUGCGGACAGUUUUGGUUUUAUCUCUGGAUCCGGCGCAAUCAUUGACUCUAACGUAGUACUCACUUCGGCACAACAUUUUGAAGGAGUGGGCUACAGUGUUUUCGACCUUAACUUGCACAAUUGGCGGUUGUACGCCGGUGAAUACAAUAUUAAGACCCAAGAUCCCCAUGAAAAAUCUUACCACAUUAGACGUGUCGUCCUACAUCCAGGAUAUAACACCACAAGUCUGGAGAACGACAUCGCCCUCAUCAUCACUGUGGAACCAAUCAUGUGGAAUGACCAUACCCGCCCAGCAUGUAUUGCCGACGGUGGUCACACAUACACUGUUGGAACGCAAUGUUACCUUCCCGGAUGGGGAAGCACUGAAACAACCGGAAACGAGGAAGUCCUUAACCAGCUGAACUAUCCUAUCUUAGAUGACAGUGUCUGCGCCAACCACUGGACCGACUUUCUACCUUAUACCGAGAUCUGUGCCGGCUACGAAAAUCAACUUAAAGACUUCUGCGGGGAUGAUAUUGGAAGUCCGCUGAUGUGCAAGGAUCAGAGUGGAGCCUGGUAUGUUACAGGUAUCGCAUCUUCCGGCGGUAACUGUACGACUGCUGAUGAACCAGGAAUAUUCGAGGAUGUAACCAUGUACACAGACUGGAUAAAGAAGACUAUGGAAGAAGCCGGUUAUCCUUAUCAGUUUUAAGCUGUCACGCUUUCAGUACAUGACUACUUGUAAGAGGUUUAAGAAAACAAAUAAAUUCAACAUACACAG